AUGCGAAAUAUCACUUUAAAGGAAGCAUUACUUCCCCAACCCCCAAGCUUUGUCAAGAAGAAAAACUAUGAUGUACAUCAAGUCCUGGGCACCGGGACUUUUGGUAAAGUUAUGGAGAAUGGAGAUUCGGGCGUCGAGAAGGACGUAGCGCUGAAGGUCAUACCGAAGAAGAAGGUGAAGGGGAACGAAGAGAGUGUAUGGGGAGAGAUGGAGGUGUUGAAGGGGUUGGACCAUCCAAAUAUCGUUAAAUUUUACGAAUGGUUCGAAUCUCGUUCCAAGUAUUACCUGUCAUUUGAGCUCGCCGUUGGAGGGGAGCUGUUCGAGCGGUUAUUGCAGAAGGGGAAGUUUACUGAAAAGGAUGCGGUUACUGUCGUCAGGUCAAUAUUGGCUGGAGUAAAGUACCUGCACGACCACGAUAUUGUUCACCGAGAUCUGAAGCCGGAAAAUAUUCUCUAUAGGACGAGGGCCACGGACAGUGAUAUUGUCAUUGCAGAUUUUGGCAUAGCCAAACACCUCCAUUCCCCUGAUGAGCAACUUCAUUCCCUCGCAGGUAGUUUCGGUUACGUCGCACCCGAGGUUCUCAAGAAAGAGGGCCACGGAAAAGCUGUGGAUUUGUGGUCUACGGGCAUAAUCACAUACGUGGUUCUUUGCGGAUACUCCCCAUUCCGAUCCCAAGACGUCAAGGUCCUGAUAAAAGAGACAACAGAAGCUAAAAUCGAGUUUCAUGAUCGUUAUUGGAAGAACGUCUCCUCACAAGCGAAAAACUUCAUUCUGGAGCUUCUCAACCCCGACUCUUCAAAACGGCUAACAGCCGCAGAAGCGCUAGAGCAUCCAUGGCUCACGACGCACGAAGCCUCAGUCGAACACGACCUCAGCGCCGGCCUGCGCCAGCACUUCGACCCGCGCGCUCGGUGGCGGACAGCUAUUAAUUCUGCAAGG